AGACAACCUCCGCGGCUUAGAUAUGUUGCUGUCAAGCUGUUUAUCAGAAUUUGACAGUUGAUUCCGGUGACUCGUAGCACUACUACAAAGGCGCAAAUUGUGGCAACCUAGCUGGCCUACCAUAAUGGCCCCGGAAAAUGUGCCACAGCACAUGAAGGCAGCACAAAUCUCAGAGUACGGGAAACCAUACUGCAUCACCUCAAAGCCCGUCCCAACCAUCAGACCACAUGAGCUUCUCGUCCGCAUCCAUGCAGCAGGCUUCUGCCACUCAGACCUGCAGACGCUGCAGGGCCAAUUCAAAUCCCCGCUGGGCAUGAUACCCUCGCACGAGCCAGCCGGGGUGAUUGUGCAAGUAGGCGCGCAAGCUUUGGGGAGCUGGCAGGUCGGGGACAGGGUGGGCGUUCUCAACUUCAAGAACGCCUGCGGCAGUUGCAGCGGCUGUGGCCUGUCGAAGCGCACACUGCAGGAACCGGGCCGGGAGGGACUGGACCCUAGGUUUUGCGACAGGCGCGAGACGGCAGGCUUCCAGCACGACGGCGCCUUUGCGGAAUACAUGGUCGCCGACCCGGCCACCACGGUCAAGCUGCCCGACGCACUGUUGCUCGAGCAGGCGGCGCCGCUGAUCCGGGCUGCGGGACGGCAGCUUGCAAUGGAGGUCCGGGAUGCGUUGCAGCCGUCUCUCGUGGUGGAUUCGUCGCUGCCUCAAGAGGCCGAGGCGCAGAUCAUGCAAUUGACCGACGGCGAGGGAUUGGCUGCGGCGAUCGUGUGCACCGACUCGUUGCCUGCAAACGCGUGGGCGCUCAAGAUGUUGAGGAUCGGGGGCUUCCUGGGCGUACUGGGCCUGCCGCCACAAGAUUGGAGGUUCGACUCGAGCGCAUUGGUCUUUCGGGAGCUGACGGUUCGGGGCAGCUAUGUCGCGAGCAAGGCAUCGACACAAAGGAUGAUUGAUCUCGCAGAGAGUACGGGAGUGCGUUCUCAUGUGACCACGGUAUCAUUUGACAAGAUUCCCGACAUUGUGGACAUGUACCAGACGACGUCGAUGAAGGGGAGAUUGGUGGUGAAGGUGGUGGAAGGAUGAUGGACUCCAGGCGGGAUUUUUCGUUUCUCUGUCAAGCUCACCCUAACCCUCCUCCAGAGCAAGUCCGU